GGCCUUUCUGCUUGCCGUAGUCCACACACGGCGGGAUUGACUUGAAGUAAGGAAGCCAAAAGUGUCACAGCAACAAUGUGCGGAAACAAAAGGCUGUCUUUCUAACCACAGGACAUAAAGGACACUAAAAGGGCUUCUACGUGUUGAAAAUGUGCUCUCUGGCGUUGUUUCCCCCUCCUUUGCCCCCUGGAGAGACCACCCUGUGCGAGUCCAACAAUGAGCUACUGUCAGAAACCACCACCGAGGACCGGCUCAAACAGCAGGACUCCAGUCCUCUCAGUCUGUACUUCCCCAGAGAGUCUCUGAAGCUGCACAGUCGUACAGAAAGCAGCAGCAAGGCGGCCUUCCUGGACCACUCUGAAACUCUGUGGAUGAGGAGUGCAGCAGCAUGGCGGGAUGGUGGCUUUACAGGGCUCCUCACUGAAAUUACUAACUCAAACACAGAAGUGCCUAAAUGGCUGUCAGUGACCUCUGGAUGUACCCUGGCUUUGCUCCAGAGAGUUUCCUCCUUUCAUGGUUCCUUGUUUCCUCAUCUCACAUUGAGCAGUGAAGACAUGAUUGCUGAGUUUUCUCAAGUACUGAACUGGUCUGAUUGUGUUGUGCGAGCCUUUGCCUGGCAUCCUCACACAGAUAAGUUUGCUUUGGCUCUGCUGGACGACUCCAUCAAAAUCUACAACCCCAAAAGUGCAACAACUCCCACACUAAAGCACCGUCUGCAGAGGAGCGUUGCAGCAGUGCAGUGGAAGCCACUGUGUGCAUCUGCUCUUGCUGUUGCUUGUCAAAACUGUUUGUUGGUCUGGCAUGUGGACCCCUGCUCGCUGUCGACCCGACCUUCCUCUGGCUGUGCUCAAGUCCUGUCACACCCAGGCCACUCUCCCGUCACCUCCAUCGCUUGGUCUCCAAGCGGCUCUCUCCUUGUGUCUGCCUCACCUGUGGACACCUCAAUGAUGGUUUGGGAUGUAGCUUCAGAAACCUGUGUCUCUCUUCAGCGUGUCGGAGGAGGCGGAGUCACCUUCCUGUCCUGGUCCCCUGAUGGGAGCCACGUCCUGGCCUCGACACCAUCUUCACUUUUCAGGGUUUGGGAGACCAGGAUGUGGACAUGUGAGCGCUGGCCAUGUUUGAAAGGACGCUGCCAGUCUGGCUGUUGGAGUCCAGAUGGGAGUCGACUUCUCUUCACAGUACAAGGAGAGAUGGUCAUCUAUGCUCUGACUUUCACUGAUGCCCCAGGAGUUCCUACAUGCACGUCAAAGGGGCCACAGGCAGCAGCAGUGGUGGCUGACCUAUCAGAGACGACCUUUAACACACCAGAUGGAGACAUCAUCAUUGGUGGAGAGAUCCAGUCUUUAGCUUGGGACCCAACAGGGGAGAGGCUUGCUGUGCUUCUCAAAGGUGAUUCUCAGGCAGCAGCCCGGCCAGCAGUCAUAGCUGUCUUCAAAACAAGAACCAACCCCAUUUUUGAGCUUUUGCCAUGUGGUUUUGUCCAAGGGGAGCCUGGCGCAGAGCCAAGACUGAUGCAGUUCCAUCCAAAUUUUAAGCAUGGAGCUUUGCUCACUGUGUGUUGGUCCAGCGGAAGAAUCACCCACGUGCCUUUCUACUUCCUGAGUGCGGGCAUCCCUCAGUUCGGUCUCAGUGGAAGUCCUUCUCUGCCACGACCUCAAGCCCGACCUGCGGACUUCACCAAUCAGUCGCUUUUUACAGAGCUUACAUCUUGACUGACAAUAUCAUGUUCACAAAAGUCAUUUUAUUAUCUCUCCAAUUAAUAAAUCAAUAAAUGUGUAGAAGUUCAUAGAA